UUCAUUUAAUCAUUAAAGAAUAGACAAUACGGUGUUUAAGAAGAAGAAUCGAUAAUAAUACGAUUCUCUUACGAAGUUCAUCAGUGUUGUUUUUUUAAUUAUUUUGGAAAUUAAUACGAAAAUUUAAAAGUGUAUUUAGUCCAGAAUUAGUGAUUUUUUAAAAAAAAUUUUGGUUGGAAUUUAUUUCGAAAUAUAAUAAAUUACGUACAAAAAUAUGGCACCUAAUCAAAUACCAAAUACUUUAUCAACAAAUGAGCAUAUUUUGGAUGCUGAACCACCCCAAACGGAUAUGACAAUUGAACAAAAUUUAACUACACUACAGAAAUUUUACAAAGAUGCCAAUAUAUUUAUAACUGGUGGAACUGGCUUUCUGGGAAAAAUUUUAAUUGAAAAAUUAUUGCGUUCAGCAUCAGAUGUACAAUGUUUAUACAUAUUGGUACGAUCGAAAAAAGGUAAAAAUAUGCAUUCGAGAAUACAAGAUAUAUUCGAUGAUCCAGUUUUUGAUCGAUUGCGUAAAGAACAACCGAAGUUUCAACAUAAAGUGCAAGGAAUAUCUGGUGAUUGUUCCUUACCAAAUUGUGGAAUUUCCAAAUCGGAUAUUGAAAUGUUACAAUCAAAGAUAUCAAUAGUAUUUCAUGUCGCAGCUACUGUGCGUUUUGAUGAAAAAUUAAAACUAGCAUGUGCUAUAAAUGUGGUUGCACCCAGAGAUUUGGUACAUAUUGCAAAAGGAAUGACUGAGUUAAAAUCAUUUAUGCAUGUAUCAACAGCUUAUGCCAAUUGCCAUUUAAAAGAAAUUGAUGAGAAAAUUUACGACCCACCAAUGGACAGUGAAAAAUUAAUAACAUUAACUCAAUGUGCUCCUGAAUCAUUAUUAGACAGCGUAACACCAACUAUUUUAGGUGAUUGGCCUAAUACAUACGCAUAUACAAAAGCUAUUGCUGAAGAUGUUAUUAAACAAAAUGCUGUUGACUUGCCAUGUGGAAUUUUCAGACCAGGAAUUGUUUUAUCAACAUUCAAAGAACCAAUUGAAGGUUGGAUUGAUAAUAUGUAUGGUCCAACAGGAGUGGCUGCCGGUGCUGCAAACGGUUUAAUUCGCACAAUACACUGUAAACCAGACAAUGUUGCAAAUAUUAUUCCGGUCGAUAUGUGUGUAAAUUCGUUAAUUGCUGCUGCAUGGGAAGUUUGUGACAAUCACGAAAAAAUUUUAAAAGAAAAGAGAGAGAAAACAGCUGAUGAUAUUAUAGUGUAUAACUAUGUGUCAACAGAAGAGAAUCCAAUUAAAUGGGGUCAAUUUAUGAAUUUAAACGAAUUUUAUGGAUUUAGUUAUCCUUCCAGCAAAGCUGUAUAUUAUUAUGCGUUUACAAUGAAUCCAAAUUUAUUGAUACAUUGGAUGUAUGUUAUACUUUUACAUUAUUUACCCGCAAUAAUAAUCGAUGGAGCAUCAUUACUUAUGGGUAAACGACCAAGAAUGUUAAAAGUAUUUCAAAAAAUCAAUCGAUUCUUAUUUGUUAUCUCAUACUUUACAACACGCGAAUGGAAAUUCAACAAUCAAAACGUCCAAAACUUAAAUAAAAAAUUAUCAAAAGAAGAUCAAGAAUUAUUUUUAUUUGAUAUGAAGAAAUUAAAUUGGAACACAUUCUUUGAAACGUAUAUUUUAGGAAUUCGAAUAUAUCUUGUAAAAGAUCCAAUAACAACACUUGAAGCAGCUAAAAAAAGAUGGACAAGAUUGUAUUACUUACAUAAUGGUAUUAAAAUUCUUAGUCUUCUUGUUUUAUUAAGAAUUUGUUGGUAUAUUGUUAGCAUCUUAUAUUCGUAAUGAAUUUUGUGUAGUUUUUUUUGUAUUAGUAUAGUAUAGUAAUUUAUCUAUUUAACUUUAGCAUUUUUUGAUGGUUCGUUAGUAUUGUUAAUUUUAAGGGAGUAUAGAAAAUAAUUUU